AUGAACGAGGAGGACUACGAAAUCAGCAGCGCGCAUUUCUUGCUUCGGGAUGAUGAAGCUAAUGGAAAGGGCAUGAGCAUCAACCGUAGUGGUAACGAUAACAACGGUGAGGACUACUACAACGGUAAUGAACAUGGUCAUAUCAGCUUGGGCGAAAAGUAUGAGAAGGAGAAUGGAACAAACUUCAAUUCAGAUAAUGAAGUGGACAUGAAUUCAGAAGGAGUUAAAAGUAAACUGGAUCAUAGAAAUGUCGUUCUUAAUAUACACAAUAUAAUAGCAUCGGCAAAUUUAUGUGUCGAUAUUGAUUUGCGUCUAAUAGCUGUGUCAAUACGAAAUGCUGAGUACAACCCUAGCAAAAUAAAUACCCUUAUUAUUAGAUUAAAUAAACCGAAGUGUACAGCAUUAAUUUUUAAGAAUGGAAGGAUAAUGUUAACAGGUACAAAAACAAAAAAGGAUUCAAUAUAUGGAUGUAAAAAGAUUGGGAAAAUAAUUAAAAUGGUAACAAAUGAUUGUGUUAAAUUUAAAAAUUUCAAAAUAGAAAAUAUUAUUGCUAGCGCUAAUUGUAAUAUUCCUAUCCGAUUAGAAAUGCUUGCACAUGAUCAUAAAGAAUAUUGUAAUUAUGAACCCGAGUUAUUUGCCGGAUUAGUUUAUAGGUAUAAACCAACAUCUAAAUUGAAGUCGGUUAUUUUAAUUUUCGUUUCAGGGAAAAUUAUCAUUACAGGAUGCAAGUCCGUUCAAAAAUUGAACAUAGUUUUUCAAGAUAUAUAUAACGUUCUCGUUCAGUACAAAAGUUGA